UUGACGAUCCCCUGUCACGUACUUACUCUUCGCUAUGUAUUACCCCGCCAUGAGUAUCCGUCUCCGUCUAAUGCCGACUCUAUCUUAUUUAUCUCUCUUUGUGUAACCUCGUUCAUCAAUUACAUCACAGAUGUAUCCUGAGCUUGAAGUCACUUAUCCCCUUUCCCGCGAUAAUUACAGAAAGAGUCGGGAAGAAUGGCUGGCUGGUAUACAAUAGGCCUUGCGCUCUUUGCAGCGAUUGGGACAUUUCUCUUCGGUUUUGAUACAGGUAUCGCGACAACAACAAUCGCACACAAAAGCUUCAUAGAGUAUAUGGGAAACCCGUCAAAUGGAGCCACAGGGGCGGUCGUAGCCGUAUACAUCGCAGGCGAAGCGCUCGGGGCUCUGACGCAGACAUUCAUUGGUGACAAGCUGGGACGAAUUCGCUUCAUGCAAUUGAUGUGUAUCGUUGUCACAAUUGGAACGACCAUCCAGACUGCAGCUGUGAACUUCGGAAUGUUCCUUGCCGGACGAGUGUUGGCCGGGUAUGCUGUUGGCGGCAUGGUAGCAACCGUCCCCAUCUACCUCUCCGAAAUUUCCUCUCCCCUUCAUCGCGGCCUUAUUGGCGGGAUAUCCGGUUGUGGUAUCUCCUUCGGCACCAUGAUGUCCAAUUGGGUCGGUUUUGCCUGCAGCUACGCACCGUACGGCUCGACACAAUGGCGUCUUCCUCUUGGCCUUCAGAUCCCUUUCGGAGUCGUUAUGUUCGCGGGUCUGGCGACCUUUAUGCCACAUUCGCCUCGACAGCUCAUUCGGACAGGCAAGAUUGACUUAGCGCGGAAGGAGUUUGGACGUAUUCACAGGGGAGAGGGUGUGGAAGAGGGAGAGAUCGUGAGGGAGUUUGCCGGGAUGAGGAGCCAGAUAGACUUUGAAAUGGAGAGGGAGAUUACGUCUUAUAGAGAAAUUUGGCGAUUGUUUAGGCAUAGGGUGAUGGUGUCGAUUGCGGUGCAGACUAUGACAAGUCUAACCGGUGUUAAUGUCAUUCAGUACUACCAGACAAUCCUCUACAAAUCUCUCGGCAUCAAUCCGAAAACCAUCCUAGCAUUGGCAGGCGUCUACGGCACAGUGGCAUUUGUUUCCAAUGCCAUUACAACUAAAUUUCUCACUGAUCAAUGGGGUCGUCGAAAAAUGAUCCUCGCCGGUCUUUCCGGCAUAGUCGUCGUUGAAAUCUUCGCUGCGGUAAUGCAGCGAGAAUUCCAGAACACGGAAAACAAGAUCGGGAAAGGUUUCGCAGUUCUGGGUAUUUACCUCUUCGUUGUUGUGUACUAUGGCAUGCUCAACAGUACAACGUGGCUCUAUGGCGCUGAAGUUCUCCCUCUGGUGUACAGGAGUAAAGUCAUGGGCUUAGCUGCUGCGUCGCAUUUCAUCGUAAAUGUCGCUCUCACAGAAGCAGGACCAAGCGCCUUCGCAACAAUUCAUGAGAACUACUACUACGUUUUCGUAGCCUGCUCGUUCUUCUUCCUCGUCAUAGCUUACUUUUUCUUUCCGGAAACCAAACAGAAGAGUCUCGAAGAGAUUGCCGCCGCCUUUGGAGAUAAGGUGGUAUUACUUACGGAGAGAGAUUUUGAGGCAGAGGGGAAGGCAGGAGGAGAUAUGACGAGGACUGAGCAUUUGGAGAUGGGAGAGAAGGAGAGUGUGUAAGAUUUAUAGUAUGGAUCUUGCAUUUAAAAGAGUGUGGACCGAAGACGUUCAAAUUCCUCAUGAAGAGAAUAGACGAUUGGAAAGUGAAGGAUCCGAUCGAAAGAAGCAUGGCGAUCGACAUAUUGCUUCUGCAAUUGCAGAUAGAAGUUGAAUAAAGUACACUGCCAACAAAACUCAGCCUCGAUAGAUGAGACUUUCCUGGAAUCAGUUUGAGGAGUGGGGGAAGCAAGCUGAGCAUAUCAGCAACAAGGAAAAGAAUUUGACGAAAUACAACAAGGAAUCAAAUGUAGAAACCAAGCAACAAAUUGACUCGCCAAGCACUUCAAGAUAUCGAAAUCAACAUCCACCCUAGCCAAACCUCGGCCUAGACCAAAACAAUCGCAACACUCUCGUAGUUCCCCUCAUUCCAGUCGCUCCAAUGAUACCACAUCUACAACAACCCACCACAUGCAGAUUCACACUCCGGAUAUCCCAUUCCAGAAACCUUCUAUCCCAGCAUCGCGGGGGCCCCAACACAUCUAGCUUUCCAGUCCGUCAUCCAUUCGAAUGGAGAUAUUCCUCUCGGGUUUCCCAAUACGGACGGCCCGAAAGAUAGGGGUCGACUCGGCUAAAUCUUGGGGGCGGGGUAGUCGGUCUCGAGCUGGCGAACGACGACCCUCCAACCAAGGACGUAUGUGGCGAAAGGUUACCUCAACGAUGAGGGGUGAGGGGAGG